AUAUAUAUAUAGUUUCUAAAGAUCAUUUCUCACAGAAUUCCCUCCCCCAACUGGAUUACAACAUUUGUUUGCAAUUGCACACAGCUGAUAUCUUCAUUUCCUGCUGUAGUUUUGGAGUAUCAUGCCUACCAGGCAAGCAUCCACGAUGGAUCUGCAGCAGGAUUAUGUGAAAAUUAAAACACAUUACAGAGGGGACAUGCUGAUCACAGAUCUGGAUUCCUCCUUGACGUACAGUGCGCUGUGUGAUGAGGUUCGGGACAUGUGCAGUCUACUACAGAGCCAGCCCAUCACACUCAAAUGGAUUGACAGUGAAGGAGAUCCUUGCACCAUCUCCUCCCAGAUCGAGCUGGAAGAAGCCUUCCGUCUGUACAGCAGGAACAGAAACGAGGGCCUCCACAUGCACGUGUUCCCCAGCAUUCCAGAGAAACCAGGCAUGCCGUGUCCCGGGGAAGACAAAUCAAUCUACCGUCGUGGAGCCAGAAGAUGGAGGAAGCUCUACCGCGUGAACGGGCAUCUCUUUCAGGCCAAGCGCUUUAACAGGAAAGCUUACUGUGGCCACUGCAGUGAAAGGAUAUGGGGUCUCGGAAGGCAGGGCUACAAGUGUAUCAACUGCAAACUGCUGGUCCAUAAGCGCUGUCACAAACUAGUUCCUCUGACCUGCCAAAGGCAUAUGGAUCCGGUCAUGCCAUCCCAAGAGCCGCCACUGAAUGAGAAAAACGAUGAAGUCGACCUCCCUUCAGAAGAAACAGACGGAAUUCCAUUUAUACCACACAAUCGGACGUUGGACAAAGGGGAGGAUGAUUCAGAGGAUCUCAAGCCGGUGUUGGACGGGAUCGAUGGGAUUCAGAUCUCCCAGGGGCUGGGGCUGUCGGACUUCGACCUGAUCAGAGUGAUUGGCCGUGGCAGCUACGCCAAGGUCCUCCUGGUGCGGUUAAAGAAGAACGAGCAGAUCUACGCCAUGAAGGUGGUGAAGAAGGAACUGGUGCACGAUGAUGAGGACAUCGACUGGGUCCAGACAGAGAAGCACGUGUUUGAGCAGGCCUCCAAUAACCCCUUCCUCGUCGGCCUUCAUUCCUGUUUUCAGACAGAGAGCCGAUUGUUCCUGGUUAUUGAGUAUGUUAAUGGCGGUGAUCUCAUGUUCCAUAUGCAACGGCAGAGAAAGCUUCCGGAGGAGCAUGCACGGUUUUAUGCAGCUGAAAUUUGCAUUGCUCUAAACUUCCUCCAUGAGAAAGGGAUCAUCUACAGAGACUUGAAACUGGACAACGUUCUCUUGGACUACGAGGGACACAUCAAAUUAACAGACUACGGGAUGUGCAAGGAGGGUAUAAGACCUGGUGACACUACAAGUACGUUCUGUGGGACGCCAAACUACAUAGCACCUGAAAUACUCCGGGGAGAGGAUUAUGGUUUCAGUGUGGACUGGUGGGCUCUGGGGGUCCUGAUGUUUGAGAUGACGGCUGGAAGAUCCCCGUUUGAUAUCAUCACGGACAAUCCUGACAUGAACACAGAGGAGUACCUGUUCCAAGUUAUUCUUGAAAAGCCCAUUCGCAUUCCAAGGUCUCUUUCUGUCAAGGCUGCCAGCAUUUUAAAGGGCUUUUUAAAUAAGGACCCUAAAGAAAGACUUGGGUGCCAACUGCAAACAGGAUUUUCAGAUAUCAAGUCGCACACCUUCUUCCGCAACAUAGACUGGGACCAGUUGGAGAAGAAGCAGGUGACUCCCCCAUUCAAACCGCAGAGUACAGAUGACUAUGGUUUAGAUAAUUUCGAUACUCAGUUUACCAACGAACCGGUGCAGCUAACCCCAGAUGAUGACGAUGUUAUUAAAAGAAUAGACCAGUCUGAGUUUGAAGGAUUCGAAUACAUUAAUCCCAUGCUGCUGUCGUCCGAGGAAACGGUAUGAAACAGGAGCCACUUUGUUUAACCUGCAGAUCGCAAACCUGAAUGACCUCCGUGACCAGAAUCAUUAAAAAACUUUAUGGAGGUGGAUCAUUCUCUGGAACUACUUGCAUGCAAGGAUGAGGAACUGGUGCAAGACUUUCAAGAAGAACACUAGAACUGCUGCAGAAAUAAAUAAAUACAUGCUAUAUAUAUAUAUAUAUAUAUAUAUAUAUAUAUAUAUAUAUAUAUAUAUAUAUAUAUAUAUAUAUAUAUAUAUAUAUAGCAAGGUCAGUCAGUGGUAGUCUUCCUCUAACCACUAUGUUUCCGUUUUAACUGUUUUUGGGUGUCGACGCUACCUGGCUUUGUAACUGAUGAAGAAAGCCUGCUCAUUUCGUGCCUGCUUCCAUGAAGGAUCCUAGAAUACUAAUUUCGUCCCUGGGAGAAUAUGACAGUUCUGCGCAACGGAACUUGAAUUUAUGUGCAAAUUUUUUUUUUUUUUUUUAAAUGACACUAGAUGAUCUCGUCGAGGAUGACUGGCCUUCGAACUAUACAAGAAUGUACUAUAAAUGAAGGAAAAACAAUAUACUGUAUUAAAAGUGUAAGUAGCGACUCCCGAAAUUCUAUAAUGCCUUUUGUUGACGCAAGUUGGCAUGUUAUUUAUAACCACUUUGCUGGCAAUUCCUGUACUUCAGCAACAAACAAAGGAGUUGCAUUUAACUACCAAUCUGUGUUUUAGGAUAAAGUUUAAGAAGUGCCUAACAUGACUCAAUGUCUCACAAUAUUCUUGACUGCACUUAAAUUAGUUUGAAUUAGUUAAGGUUUGACUUGUGUGGUACAGCUGAAUAGGGCUGGCUUACAAAUUUGAAGGGCCAUAUUCAUACCUGCAACCCUCCCAAUUCUCUUCCAUUUACACUCCACUGUCUCUAGUCCUUCCAAAAACCCUGAAUGGAAACAUGACACGGCUUCUUAAAGAAAGAUUGCAAUGAAAACUGGAUACUGACACUCUUUAGUCAUAUGAGCUAAAGAUUUUAUUUUUCAAAUACCUGUUUUCAAACAGAAACCUAAGGUACUAAAAAAAAAAAAAGAAAACAAACUUGUAAUUAUAUUGCAAAAAAAGAACAAAUCUAAUGAUAUACAGCUGUUUAAAUUGUACAUACUUCAAUAUACUAUUAUUAUUAUUAUUAUUAUUAUUAAUCCUGAAAUGCAUUAUGUUUGAUUAAAUGCACAACUCCUUUGUUUAAAUGACGUAUCGUCAGACUGAAGCACUUCUUUGUUUUUAUUUUUUUAUGUAAUGCUCAGUACAGAAAUCUCAGGCACUUUGUCUAAAUUAGUGAUAUGGCACUGAAUCAUUAUUGAUUAAUAAAAAGGGGGAAAUCAAUUUGGACUAUAAUGAAUGGGGGAAAAACACUGCUAUUUUUGCUGAUGUUGGUGAUCAACCCAAGUCUAUUACAACUGAUUACUGAACUUUUCAUUAAAGCGUAGCUGGGGUUUUAGUUUUCUUUUGUUUAACAAUACACACACACAUAUAUAUAUAUAUAUAUAUAUAUAUAUAUAUAUAUAUAUAUAUAUAUAUAUAUAUAUAUAAUUAUACUCUUCUGUAAAAAUCCUGGCAGUGAACUUUAACCCACUUCGAUCUCUCGGAUUGGAGCGACAGUAUCUCUUCUGUGUUUUUCUUCAAGGUUUUACAUUUUUACCCAGAAUAAAAUUAUGUAUGUUUUAAGUAACACAUUCACUAAAAGGACAAGGGUCUGGAAGAUGGGGAUUCUUCGGUCACAAAUUUCUCAUUUCAUUUUUUAGAAAUUUGAAAACUGUUUGUGUUACCCUGUACCCUAAGAAGUUACCCUGUACCCUAAGAAGUUACCCUGCCGUAACUUUGAAAACCAAAAACAUAUAUGCGUUAUAAAAUAGAUACACGGACAGAAAACAUGGUACAAUUGUGCACACAGUGACUGAAGGGGAUAUUUGCAGAAAUGAACUUGCCACGUGUUUUCCCUUUUAGCCAAUUCAAAUUUUUUUUUUUUUGUAGCAAGUUUUAAUGUGGGUGUCAUUGUUAAACAACUUCUGUCUUUUAAUAUGUUGUUAAGCAUUAUGAAUUAUAAGAUGUAAUCAAUAUUAAAAGAUGCUGUCAAUACACAUGGGGGGGAAAUGGGACACAGGCAAAAAUUCCCAUUUUAAAGACCCUUGUCCUUUACCCCUGCACAACACGAAACAAGCCAAGACUUCUUUUUUUAUUUCUGCCCCUUCCUCCCCUCUCCGGGAAUAGGCUUCAGUUAUUAGGAGCAGUUUAGUGCCCUUGAUGUCUGUGUAUGCAGGUUCUUGUGUUCCACUGGCCAGGAUUACCAAACUUUUUAUUUGAGGCUUCCUGUUGCUCUUGACAGUGCAGAGACCAGCACACAAAUAAAUUAAGGCAGUUUCCAAAAGAAAUGAAAACACGUGUUUGUGACGCUGCAGUAUGAAAGCUCAAUCACAUGGCAGCGUUUUGAAGUGUAGGAUUCUAACUGGGAUUCAAAACCAAAUAAUCAAAAUCCACCACACCUUUUAAGAGGUAGUUUUCAAAAUAAUUGGUUUAAUUGAACAUUGUUGGAUUGUGCUUUGGUACAAACUGAAUGCCCUUCCUUCUUUUAUUCCGCAAUAAAUUAGAGACAGUGGCUCCUUGGAUGAGAGAAAAAAAAAAAAAAAAAUCUAAAAAAGGCAUCAAAUUCUUUUAAUUAGUUAAUAACUAUUGCCAAAUAUUUCUGCAGUUGCAAGCUUUCUCUGCAUUUUGCUAAUUGUGGCCAAAGCAAAUUAUGUUCUAUCUACGUGCUAUAGAGGGACACUUUUAUAUUUAGAAGUAUUAAUUUUAUAAAUUAUAUGAUAUAAUUAAAUAUGUGACGAAAAAAACAAAAUCUUAAAAAGAAGAUUUGAGAUUGGGUCUGGUUCUGGUGUACUGUGGUCUUAAUGAACCUUCUAGAUACCUUGACGAUUGUAAAACAGUAAACAUGUUCAAUGUAGUUAUUUUGUAUAUUAUGUUGGUUGGAUUAUGGAUGUGAGUUGUACCUAUUGUUUGCCUAUUCUCAAAAUUUAAGCAAAUUUAAACUGGAGGCCUCUGGCCACUUUCUAUUGUGCAGAGAAAUGGCAAAACUAAUACAUAAUAUUCUUGCACAUCGAAAUUAAAGACUUUGACGAACAAAUACAUAAAAAUGAAGGUCGUGCUGUCAUUGAAUAACUGCAGUGUCAUUUAAUCAUAUCGUGAUAAGACAUCCUGCUAUAGCUUCUUGGGCUUUCUGGAGCAGUCGCUUGGCUCCCUGUCAAGCUGUGCUCUUAGAAGAAAACCUGAAAUCAAAUUAUUAACAUAUAUAGCAAUGUACAGCUAUGGCCAACAGUUUAGCAUCACCUACAAUUUUAGGACUGAGACAAAAAAAACAAACUAAAACAUAAUUUUAUAUCUUAUUUAACAUCAUGUAAUCAAAGAAACUGCCACAUGAUAUCGUGAAAGUCUACCAGACCGGAAGACAUAAUAAUAAAUAACUAAGUAUAUGGAAAACUGCAAAAGCGCUGUGUAAUUCAAUAUGAUAACGCAACAUUAUUCAGCAGGUUUCAUUCGACUUUAUGAAGCAAAAUGAGUUCAUUCAAUAGGGUGAUGCAAAACUUUUGGCCAGAGCUAUAUUAUAGCUUCACACUUCUACUAGCCAUCUGAAAAGAAGAAACUCUGGAUUAAAAUAAUCCAACAAUGCCUCUUAAAAGGAUGAUAACGGGUUUUAUUAGAACGGAUGGGUUUAAAAAAAAAAAAAAAAAAACUUGAUUGGUUUGAAAUUUAAUUGAAGUGUUACCUGUUAAUUUUGUACAGCAAUUUUAAAUAAAGUGAUUCAUGUUAUCCGCAUCAGAA